GUUUCAAGUCAAAGCGGCAUCUGGAGUCAAAACUUCACUUUGACUCCACCGUAGCUUCACUACCAGUCCUACACCCUCUCAGUCAUUUGCCGAGGCAUGACUCAGAACUAAUAUGAACAUAUUACGCUGACAAUGGCGAAACGAACAGAGGAAGUACUCGUACUGUAUGCCUCUCAACUUGGCACCAGCAAACGCUUCGCGAGAGCGUUUGUGAAAGAGAUGGAAGAGCAACUCACGUCCGAGGCGAUCCAGGAGUAUACUCAUCAGUCCGAUGGUUGUUGUAUAAUAAAAGUGGUUCCAACGCUCAUGACUCUGGAUGAUUUUCUGGAAGAACGACAGGCCGCAUGGACUCGCUUGGUGGUCAUCUUUGUCAGUUCCUACAAUGGCGCGGCUCCCAAAGGCGGUCCAAGAUUUCGAGAUUUGUGUGACACGUUAAAAUCACCGAUUGGCAUUGACCCUCACAUGCUGACGGGCCUGAAAUAUGCCAUUUGUGGAUUGGGCAGUUCUUCCUAUACUACCUAUUUUGAAAAUCCAACCGCUGUCAAUGAUGGAUUGACGGCAGCGGGAGCGACGCGGGUCGGCGAAUUCGGUGAAGCGGAUAUGCAAAAACGCGGAGAGUACAAUCAACGAAAUGUGGUUGCCAGAUGGAAAAAGGGCAUAUGGAAAGAGUUGGCCCAAGUCCUGAUAGAAGAACCCCUUCCACCGGAACGACUGCUGGAAAUGCAAGCUGCAAUCUCUGCCUUGAAAUAUUGAUUUGAUUUCCAUGCAGUGGCAAGGUGCGAAGUAAAAUCAAAAUUCAUACAAUGGUUGACAAAACUGGAAAGUGAUUAGAAAGACUUGAUGGAAUAUGUGCAGACGAACGGCAAUGACAAGGUAUGAAAAUCUCUUUUAGCUACCCAGCUCUAGAGACAAACAAUUAGAUUGCUUCAAAUGGUUAUUUUGGAUGGGAACUCUUCCUUUCCAACGUAGCUAACCCCGCCGAAACACGGUAGAUUCACUGCCGACUUGCCCCUCAUUGUCUUAGCUAAUCUAGCUAGCGCAGUACAUGGAGCCAGUUACGACUCCAAUUGGCUUUCUACUCAGUUGGAAACUUCAGUCGCAGCGGCAGAAGAACCAUCGUCAAUAUACCGGGCAGACCCCGGUGAUCUCUGACCCCGUUUAUUGUGGUGGUGGUGGGUUUGGUUGGUUGGUUAUCCUUAGGGUUAGAGAUUUACUUCAACCUCCUCUUUCUCACGCAUUCUCAUAAUAAUCAUACGGUAGCAACGGAUCCUAAUAUUUUCCUCACGAUGCCCACCUCUAAACUCCCGUAAGCUACCACGCCACUUUCUCAGAUGGAAAAAUCUAAUGACUCACGUUGCACACCUCUAAACUCCCGUAAGCUACCACGCCACUUUCUCAGAUGGAAAAAUCUAAUGACUGGCCUUGCACACCUCUAAACUCUUGUAAGCUA